UGAAACAAUGCCACAGCGAAUGUGGGCUGUAAUCAAAGCUAAAGGCGGUCCAACAAAAUAUUAGAGAGUGUGACCAGUUUUUGGUGCCGACUUUAUUUUUGGCCAGGCAGUGUAACAUCUCAUCACUAAAUACAGUAAAGCUCAAUGAGAUCAGAGCAGAAUGGUCAGAAGAACUUGGAAUACACAUUUCUGAUGAGACUUGGAAUCCGCUGUGUGCCUGCGGCUCGGUUCGGACCGGACCGGACCGGACCGGACCUGCCAUUGAUUGUGACUGUCAACCUGUGUAGUUUUAAAUAUGUCCUGACUCGGUUCGGUUCCGUUGCUUGUUUGAAUGUUUGUCCACCUUUAUGGUCUAUCAGCUGUAUAAUUAUUGUUGUGGUGUUUAUUGUGAGCUGUUCUUCUUUUUUCUGUUGUAUUUUUCUACUUUUAUUUUCUUGUUUCUGUUGUUCGCAGCAGAGUAGAGAAGGAGGGAAAAUGUUUUCUGUCACUGAGUUCAGCGACCUGAUGAUGGAGGAUUAAAAGAAAAAUGACGGUCAAAAAAAGUCUAGUGCCUUUUUUAGUGUCUCUGCUCCAGUUACUAAAUUAAUUGACUAUUAUUUCAAUAAUCAAUUAAUCGUUUCAGUUCUAAUUAAAUUAUACAAAUAAUGGAGCAUUUUGGACUUAAUUAAACCGGAAAUGGCGCCAUCUGCUGGAGAUGUGGAGGAAGUGUUGCAGGUACCGGGCCUCCCCCCGCCCCCGCCUGUUGCCUGUUACAUGGAGAAGCAGGUUCUCCUCCUGGUUCUUCUGCUGCUUUUCCUCCUGAGCUGAGAAAUGUCUGGAUGAACACCGGAUCUGAUUGGGCCGCUCUGGUUCCGGCUGUCUUGGGGGACUUGUACCCCCGCCCCUCCCCCAACACCACCUGACCUCUCCGGCGAACCUGACGCGUCGAUUCAUGCAGAAAACCUUUAUUUCAUUUUAUUUUAUGUUUUCAGGGAAAAGUUGCGGAGCUGCGCGGCUGAGGAUCACCAGAGCGCCGUCAUUGCUCUCCGGUGACAGCCGGCCUGUUUUUACUCCUUCACUCUAAAUAAGGAAGCUGCCGGACGGACACAUGACCGCCCGUCCGGCCCAAUUUGGGAGCCGCAGCGCCCCACCAUGCCGCUGACCGCCGCUAAUCUGGCGCAGACUGCCGCCAUGUCAGCCCGGGAUGCGGGAGCCCGGCCCGGGUAGAACCAGAACCAGGGCUGCUCGGUGACUCGACAGGCGGCCCGGAGGAUCGGCGGAACCAGAACCGAGCCGCAGACCGUCGGAGCCAGAGAGAGAGAGAGAGAAAGAGAGAGAGAGAGCGGGGCGCAGAGGAGCUGCGAACCAUGGUAAUCACCAGCGGCGGCAGCAGCAGCAGCAGCAUCUCCAUCAGCUCCAGCGCGCCCUCCGCCGUCUCGUCUCCUCCCGACCCCCGGGGCUCCGGAGCCCCGCUCCGCCGCUCGCCAGCCAGCCAGCCGCCGCCGCCGCCGCCAUGCCGGAGCAGAGACACCGGGCGCGCUAUUUUUAGGCUCAUUAAUUUGGAGCACGUGGCCCCGAGGCGAACCGGAUGUCCGUUGCGCAAAGGUUCCUCGGCAGAAUGUCCUGCUGGACGCCGACCGCGGCGCUGCUCCUGGGCGUCCUGCUGGGAGCCGCGGCGGGGGCGCCAGCGCCGGACGCGGCUCCGCUGGACCGGCGCUGGGAGACGCUGUUCUCCCGCUCCGUGCUGUGGGUCUCCGGGGAGAAACCGGAGCUCAGCUGGGAGACUGACUACCUGCUGGGCAUCCAGCGGGUCCGGAGGCUCUACUGCAACGUGGGGAUCGGGUUCCACCUGCAGGUCCUCCCCGACGGCGGCAUCAGCGGGGCGCACAGCGAAGACCCGUACAGUCUGAUCCAAAUCUCCACGGUGGAGCGCGGCGUGGUGAGCCUGUUCGGGCUGCGCAGCGGGCGCUUCGUGGCCAUGAACAGCCGCGGCAGGCUGUACGGGACGACCGUCUUCCAUGAUGAGUGUAAGUUCAGGGAGAGUCUUCUGGCCAACAACUACAACGCCUACGAGUCUGCGGCGCACCGCGGCUGCUUCAUAGCGCUCAGCAAACAUGGCCGCGUCAAGAGGGGCAACAGGGCCACCACCGCCAUGACAGUCACCCACUUCUUGCCCCGGAUAUGAGGCAGGACACAGAGAGGGCAGAAAGCGGCAAUAACAAACUGAUUUGCACAUGUGGAUUAUUAUUAUUAUGCCAGGUGAGAAACACCUGGACAGGCCUGAAAACCUGGACCGGACUGCAGCAGGAGGAGCGGGUUGAUGUUUACUACCGGCUGUGCGAUACUUCAGCACCUUCAUCAUGAGGAAGAGGAGGGAGAGGACUUCCUCCUGGGGGUCGGUGGGUUACUUUAGGGACAGGCCUUCCUGUUCCUGUUUCUGUGUCAGGAGGAGCUGAGCCCCCCCGCAUACCAGAAAUGCUGAUCUGGAGUCAGAAAUAGCAGCGACCCCGGCGUCAUGCCACCCUGAGCCAGAGCCCAAUUCCUGGAGGGUCUGACGUUCCUGAGGAUCCACGACUGGGCUUUUAUUUUGAAGUGUUCAGGUUACUGACAGUAGAUUAUUGAGGUUCUUCAUAAUUCAUCCUGAUUUAUUUAUUAUUACUAAUAAUGUUGUUGCUGUUAUUAUGUGGUAGCAGCAAAUGAUUAAUCCCAGAUUAUUAAUCCCAGGGUUUUCAGCUCAAUCUGCUGGUUUGGUUUUAAUAUUCACAUUUUUUCAUGCAGCAUAAUUUACUUGAAUUCAGAGCAGAAGGAGCCCAGCAGGGGGCGCUGCCCCUCCUGGCACCUGUCCACCUCGCUGUGACCUUUGACCCCCAGCUCUGCACCUGUUUCUGCUGGUGCAAAAGUAUUCACUCCUCCACGUUUCUCCUGAUCCAUCAGGAAAACUCCAGAGUUCUGGUUCCGACCCGAUCGCUGGCUGUACCAAACGUUCAGUUCUGCUCUGAUUUCAACGACCUGAAACAUUUUGAUGGAGAAAACAAAAUCUGAAGGGGGUUGAAAACUUUUCCACAGCAUUCUGGCUGGUUUACAGGAAGUGAUGUCACAAAGGGGUUUGGUAGCAGAGAGGAGUUCAGACCCGGUUCUGGUUCUGUUGUAGCAGUCAGUCCAGUAAACUGGAUCCGGUUCUUCCAGCCAGGUGAUGAGGACAGAGACUCCAGGUCGUCAUGGAGACGAUCCUGAAUGACCUUUAGGCCUGCGCAGACACAUCACCUGUAGCUUUUUAAACUUUAUCUCCAAAUGAAGGUGCAGCACUUUUCUAUUUAUUGUUCUUAUUUUCACUCACUGCA